AUGGCAGCCCUCCGACCUCUCCUCCGCCACGCCAGCACCAGCACCAGCUCCACCGUUCGCCCCGCGCUAUCUUCCUCCGUCAUCGCGCCAUUCUUACGUCUUCCCACCACCACCCCCACCACCAUAAGAACAACUCCUUCCCAGCCUCACCCCCCAAGCCAAAGACCAUUCAGCACAACCACAUCCAAAAUGUCCGCUCAACCGCUAAUCGACGCUGCCCAAACCCGCCGCACAAUCUACAAGCUCGGCAAGAACUCCCCCGUCCCGGACUCCAAGAUCGAAGAGCUCGUCAACGCGGCCAUCCACACCGUUCCCUCGUCCUUCAAUACGCAGUCCACGAGACUGGUUGUGUUGUUGCACGCUGAGCAUGAGAAGCUGUGGGAUGUGGUGAUUGACACGUUUUCGGGGUUGGUGAACACGGGCGCUGUGCCGGAGGAGACGUGGAAGAACCAGACGCUGCCAAAGCUGCAAGGAUUCAAGAAUGGGGUUGGAACUAUUCUCUUCUACGAAGAUCCCGCGCACAUCAAGCCGUUCUCUGAGAAAUUCGCCCUUUACAAAGACCACUUCCAGCCCUGGGCUGAGCAUUCGAAUGCCAUGCACCAGUACUACCUCUGGACCGGCCUCUCCGCCCUCGGCUUCGGCGCAAACCUCCAACACUACAACCCGCUCAUCGAUGCUCCCGUCGCGAAACAGUGGGAUAUUCCUAGUGAAUGGCGACUCAUUUCGCAGUUGGUGUUUGGGAGCCCCGAGGCGGCUGCGGGGGAGAAGGCGCAGAAGCCGGUUCAGGAGCGGUUGAAGAUUUUUGGGAAACAAUGA